CCGCGCGCGCCCCCCUCGGCCGGGCUCCGGGGCGACCCCGCGCGCGCUCCGGCAGCCAGCGGCGCCGCGGCCCCGGCGGUGGCGGCAAAGUUCCCGGCGUGAGCGGCGGCGCGAUGCCGGGCAGCGACACGGCGCUCACCGUGGACCGGACCUACUCGGACCCGGGCCGGCACCAGCGCUGCAAGCGGCGGGUAGAACGUCAUGACAUGAAUACCUUAAGCCUGCCCUUGAGCAUCCGCCGAGGAGGGUCGGACACCAACCUCAACUUCGAUGUGCCGGAUGGCAUCCUGGACUUCCACAAGGUCAAACUCACCGCGGACAGCCUAAAACAAAAGAUUCUAAAGGUGACAGAGCAGAUAAAGAUCGAGCAGACCUCCCGAGAUGGGAAUGUGGCGGAGUACCUGAAACUCGUGAACAACGCGGACAAGCAGCAGGCCGGACGCAUCAAGCAGGUGUUCGAGAAGAAGAACCAGAAGUCGGCACACAAUAUCCUGCACCUGCAGAAGAAGCUCGAGCAGUAUCACCGGAAGCUCCGGGAGAUCGAGCAGAACGGAGCCCUCCGCAGCACCAAGGACGUCUCCAAAGACAACCUGAAGGACGUCCAGCACUCCCUGAAAGAUGCCCAGGCCAAGUCGAGACCUGGCCCUCAGGGCACGGAGAGCAGCAAGUCGGGCAUGCCUGGGGUCUCCCUCACGCCGCCCGUGUUUGUCUUCAACAAGUCCAGAGAGUUUGCCAACUUGAUCCGGAAUAAGUUUGGCAGCGCCGACAACAUCGCUCACUUGAAAAACUCCUUAGAGGAGUUCAGACCAGAGGCGAGUGCCAGGCCCUACGGGGGCAGUGCCACCAUCGUGAACAAACCCAAGUACGCCAGCGAUGACGAGUGUUCCAGUGGCACGUCGGGCUCCGGCGACAGCAACGGGAACCAGUCUUUCGGGGCAGGUGGGACCGGCCCGCUGGACAGCCAGGGGAAGCUGGCCGUGAUUCUGGAGGAGCUGCGGGAGAUCAAGGACACCCAGGUCCAGCUGGCAGAGGACAUCGAGGCGCUGAAGGUGCAGUUCAAGAGAGAAUAUGGUUUCAUUUCUCAGACGCUGCAGGAGGAGCGGUACAGGUACGAGCGCCUGGAAGACCAGCUGCAUGACCUCACGGACCUGCACCAGCACGAGACAGCUGACCUGAAGCAGGAGCUAGCCAGCGCUGAGGAAAAGGCGGCCUACCAGGCCUACGAGCGGUCUCGGGACAUCCAGGAAGCCCUGGAGUCCUGCCAGACGCGCAUCUCCAAGCUGGAGCUCCACCAGCAGGAGCAGCAGACGCUGCAGACAGACACCGUGAACGCCAAGGUGCUGCUGGGCAGGUGCAUCAACGUGGUCCUGGCCUUCAUGGCCGUCAUCCUGGUGUGCGUGUCCACCAUCGCCAAGUUCAUCUCGCCCAUGAUGAAGAGCCGCUUCCACAUCCUCGGCACCUUCUUCGCUGUGACUCUCCUGGCCGUGUUCUGUAAGAACUGGGACCAUAUUCUGUGUGCCAUCGAGAGGAUCAUAAUACCGAGAUGAAGCCGCGGCACCUGGCCUUCACGUUCCUCGGCUUUUGGUCUUAAAAGAAAACUGUGUGCAUCCUACAGCGCACGCGCCACGCAGGCAGGAGCAGGAGCGUGCGAGGACUGGAGCUGCCGGGUGUACAUAGCUGCGGCUCCCGGGACUCAGCAGCAGCUGCCAGCUCAGUCCCCGUACUUGGCUAAUGUGAAGCAUUUCAGAGCUGUCCCCACACUGCUCAUGCCUUAAUCAGUCCCGGCCCCUCCCAUGAGCCCAGCACGGUAGACCCUUGUCUGUCAAGCACUUGGCGUAGCUGGAGACCCAGAAGAAAAGGGACCCCCCGCCCAGCCCUGUCCUCUUAACCCCUGUAGCUCUUGAGCUUCACAGUGGCCAGGGUUUGGGUUUUCCCUGAGUCCUUUAGAUAUCAAGGAUGUGAUGUGGGUCAGGAGCGCAGGACCACGGGCCUGUGGAGGUGUGUGAGUCUCUGCGUCGUCUACCCCGCUGUUCGCAGGUGACGUAGGUCUCGGCAUGUACCCGGCCUUCACUGUGGUCAGUUGUGUGGGACUGGAUUACGGGGAAAGCGUACCUGGUACCUAACAAGUCUGCAUUAUGGGUUUGGUUGCCCUUGAGGUGUGAGGCGCAACACUUAGGGGCAGCGCCCCCCUUAUGCCGGGCGAAGCACAUCCUUCUGGUGGACAAAUGCCCGCCUCCCAGGUGUACCUCCCCUGCGAUGGCUUUGUUAAUUCGGGUCCCGUGAGUGCUCACUGCUCCCAGGUUUGUGUUUUGGCCCUUUGCAGAUGCCAUGAACUUUCUGUCACUCACCGCGAGGCCUGCGAAAUAGAAAGCAGCGCUGCUCUUGGUGACAAGGGCAGCAGGGUGGUAGUGUGUGAUAAGCUGAGCUGGAGGAAGACGGGGCGUCUGGCUGCUCGGGUGGGCGAGGUUACCGUGGGGAGGUGGAAAGGCUCCUGUUAGAGAUGCUCAAGGCAACCGAGCCUAGAAUGAGUUAGGUCCGGAGCUGGUGCCGAGACCGCCAUCUGUCUCUUUGGAUGGUGUCAGGACCCAUCUCGAGGCACUGGCUGAGCACACUGCCACUGGGGGAAGCACUGAGCCUUGGUGUCUGUGGCCCAUGGCGAGGAUCGCCCUCCCCCCCCCAGCCCGGUGUCACUUUCCUUCGAAUCGGGUUCUCCGCGCACAUGACAGAAGGGAGGACAUCGCGGCAGCUGCUGAUGGGGUCCCUCCUCCUGCCACGUCCACCAUUUGCCAAAGGUGUCAGGAUGACGUGUGCUCACGUCCAUUUUCUUCCAGGAGACGUUGCGGAUCCUGGAUUGAAAUUAAGUGCAAUAUUUUGCAAAAGCUUUCUUAGGGAAAUCUCCUAGGGAAACGAAAUGUGACAGGAUGUGCCAUGCUGUGAGAGAGUGGAACUGGGGCACUUAGUGCAAGCCCAGCGUGCGUGAGUGAGAUUCCUAAACGUGAACAUUUUUUUAAAAAUGUAGUUCGGUAGUCAGUCCACAAAACUGUUCAAACAUCACCCCUAACUAAUUCCGGACUGCAGCUUUUUUAAAAUAAUAAACAUCAUUUCAUGAAAUCUGUGGUUAGAAAAUAUUUUGGAACCAAGAACAAGGGGGCUGCUGCCACCUCCCCCAUCACAUGGCCACAUCCCUUGCCCCUGGAGACUCCAGCGGCCUCCAAAGUUGACUGGAUACACUGUGACCCAGCAAACUCAGGGGCAGGUUAGGGUUCCAGAUCGGAGGGAAGGAGGGAGGCAGAAAUGACAGUGUGGUGCUUUGGCUUCCUGCUGUAAAGGCCAGCAUGGCUUAUCUGUGGGCAUUCAGCGCCAUCCCGUAGAUGCCCAAACCAAGCUGGGGUCUGGUGGCAGACACGCCCGGGCCUGGGGUGGGUGUUGCUGCUGCCGGAGGCCUGGAGAAGGUGGGUGGGAUUUCCAACCCUGCUGUGGGUGUCACUUCUCAGACCUGCGAUCCGUCAGUCUGUCUUCUCCCCGUGAGCGUAGCAGGCAGACAGGGGGAAGCAGCACCCUCCGCCCACUCCACUUGGCACCCUUUGCAGAACCUGCUAGAAAGCAGCUUCCUUCCCAAUCCCCAGAGCCUCUAACCCUAAACUGAAACCCUCGGCCUGAUCGCCAACUCCUCUUAGCUGUUGGCCCGUUACGUGCAGAGAACCUUAUUUUCCCUUGGAUAUGGUAACCCACGUGACAUAUUUAUUUAGAGUCUUGUGGAAAGUUCAUGACACUUUUAACUUUUUAAGAACAUUAUCUACUUCAAGGGGACUUUUACUGUGCAGUUUAGUGUUGUCUUCUUAGGGACUGUGCCUCUUCUGCUUGUUCUCUUCAGUGCCGAAGAGGAAAUGGAAUUUUAUACACAUACAAUUAAAACUAGUGAUACAGCUGUGACAGAUCCCGGCAUUGGAUAUUUAACUUACAUUGAAGUCAACUUACAUUCCGCCCCCUCUUCAUUGGUUUAAAAAAAAAAAUCGUACAUGGCUAAAAACGAAAGCCAGUUGGAUGGCUACACAGCUGGUCAGCCGGAGAACACUGCAUGAUUUAAGAUCCUAGCGCCAGAUUUUCUGGUGACGUUAUCAUCAUGACUGCCAGGGUAAGGAUAACGUGUGGAGGGUUAAAAACACAGAACACUCCAGAUGGGUUUUGUUCAGCUCAUAUUUUGAGUAUGAUUAGAUCCAGAACAGACCCCCAAAACAUCACACCCACUUGCACUCCACACUGGGUUGGGGUGGGGACGCAGACCCCUCCCCAGCUUUUAGCUGCACACUCUCGGUGUUCUGAGGUCCAAAUCCCUGUGACCCGCUGUCAGCUGAAACCUCCCAGACCUUUUUGCCUUUUGUUUUCAGCCAGUGCUGUGCUGUGCUUUGUCCACGGGCUUCUCACCCUCCUGUCACUCUUGUUUGCCUUGAAAUGUUGCCCUCCUCUGUGUAUUUAUUGCCCUGUCACUUCUCUAGCAUAUCAGGCUUAAUUAUAGGUUCAGUAAUGGGGAGGGAACAGUUUCCCUCAGGCAACUAAUUACUUUUGUCCUUUUUGGUUGGGUUUUAAACAGCAAAUUAUUUUGCACUGAAUGGGAGCGCUUUUGUGUCAAAUCCAGAUCGGGGGAAAAUGCUGAAAUGUACCGAUUAAUAUGGACCUGUUUUGCAUGUUCCUUUAUUUUUGAGGCAUUAGAAUUCAAAGUUUAUCCAGAAGGGAGCAGUUUCAAGAAGGUUACCCAUGACUAAGGAGAGACAGUCUGGAAAGAUAAAGCAUUGCGAAGGAUGAGAUUGGCCUGUUUACCUCAAAAGCAGAUUCAAAGCUAAUGAAUGCAGAAUGGAAGUGUGGCUAAUAGGAGCUUGGUAACCUAGAAGAUAAAAAGUGGAACUAACCUACCGUCUUCUGACUGCGAGGAAGAAGGAAGCCAUGUACCUUGAUUGUUUUAGGAGUGAUUUCUGUUUUGCAGUUUUAAUUUAUUUAAAGCAUGUCUGCUGUGUUUGUCCUAAAAGAAACGUUCCAACAAAAUGUGUGGUGUGUUGCAGACACAUUUAGGUGAUAGCCACUCUCAGAGCCGGAUCUGGACUGUUGAUAAUUACAUCUGUUGCCGAGUUUCUAUUUUGUGAGAUACUACGUAGUUUGAUGUCAGCCUAAAAUUGUAAUUCCUCCGUAGAACUUUACCUGUGGUGGCGUCAUCAAUGAAUUCAAAGCAGGUGCCGUUAUUUUUUUAAAUAAACACUUGAUAUUAGCUUUGAUGUUCAAUAAAGAGUUAAAUUUCUUAAAUUUUCA